CGUUUCUUCUCCCGCGUCCCAGGAUGGCGGCGGCUGAUCUGAGAGACGAGCUGAGCUGCUCCAUCUGCCUGAGCGUUUAUACUGAUCCUGUGUCCCUGCCCUGUAGCCAUAACUUCUGCCGGGGCUGCAUUGGGGGGGUGCUGGGUACCCAGGAGGGGUCUGGGGGUUAUUCCUGCCCUGAAUGCAGAGCCGAGUAUCGGGAACGCCCGGCCCUGCCCAGGAACAGAACUCUGGGGAACAUUGCAGAGCGAUUCCUUUCUGCUCAGCCGGAGCCGGGGGAGACUGGGAUCCUCUGCACUUACUGUGACUCCCCUGUGGCUGCUGUUAAAUCCUGUGAGCAGUGUGAGACCUCCCUGUGUGAUACCCACUUACACAAGCACAACAAGUCUGUACGGCACGUCCUAACUGAGCCCACCAACUCCUUUAUGGGAAAAAAAUGCUCCACCCACAGAAAGAUCCUGGAGUAUUACUGCCCUGAGGACUCUGCCUGUGUCUGUGUGUCCUGCUGCCUGGCCGGGGGGCACCGGGGCCACAGGGUGGAGCUGCUGAGUGAGGCCUCUGAGAAGAAGAAAGAGAAACUGAGGAAAGUUCUGGAGAAACUGAGCCCAGAGAGAGAGGAGACUGAGAGAGGAGCCCAGAGGCUGCAGGAGCGCAGGAGAGACGUGGCAGAAAGAGCAGCCGGUGAGACAGAGAGAGUCACUGCCCUGUUUAGAGACAUCAGGGAAGAGCUGGAAGCCCUAGAGAAGAGACUCCUGAGUGACAUCUCCAGACAGAAAGAGGAGAUUUCCCUCCAACUCACUGAGCUGAUCCAACAGCUGGAAAUAAAGAAGGACGAGCUGUCCGGGAAGAUCCAGCACAUUGAGGAGCUGUGCAACAUGGCAGCUCCACUCACUGUCCUACAGGAACAAUGGGAAUCAGAUGGAGCUGCAGAUACUGAGGGCAGAGAGACAGAGGGUAUAAAGGCCCCGGCUGUAGGGGAUCUGGAUAAGGGACUGAUCUCAGAGACAUUACUCACAGGCUUAGCUGGGAUUGUGACUGGGGUAAAGAGAAGGAUCUAUGGGCAGGAGGCUACAGACCUGGUACUGGAUAUAAAUACAGCUUAUGAACAUGUUGCUUUAUCAGAGGACAGGAAAACUGCAUCCCGGUCAGAGACUGCCCUGUGUUACCCACACACACCAGAGAGGUUUAUAGAAUACGCCCAAGUGUUAAGCAGCAGGGGUUUCCCAUCAGGGCGACAUUACUGGGAAGUGGAGGGCAGUGAGUCAGGGGAGUGGGAGGUUGGGGCGGCCUAUCCCAGUAUAGAGAGAGAAGGAGAUCAUUCCAGUUUAGGAGAUAAUAUUAAAUCCUGGAGUUUGCGUAGAUUAUAUCGCAGUAUUACAGUGGCACAUAACUGCAUAAAAACUCCUGUAUCCCCCUCCUGCUGGAGAUUCAGAAUCUCAUUGGACUAUGAGGCCGGACAUUUGUCCUUCUAUGAGCUGAGUGAGCCAAUCAGGCACUUACACACCUUCACUGCCUCCUUCACUGAGCCCCUGCACCCUGCAUUCUAUGUGUAUGGUAACGGCUGGGUGAGAAUCUGCAGCUGAUCCCAUUAGGCUAAUACCAUGCGUAUAGUGUAUAUUUUCAG